AUGAGGAUACGGCACUUUUUCGAUGUAAGUUUUCCGGAAGCUUGCGGAAAAAAAUCGAAUAAUUUUUGCAGAUCGAAUCCUUUUUCUUCUCAUUUGUCCACGUCUUCCUAGCCCUUGCCACCUUCUAUUUCCACUAUUAUAAUUAUGUUCAACAAUGUCGAUCGUUUUUCCUGGCGAAAAUGGCCGAUGAUGGGGUUAGACGUUGGAUUUUGCAAGGAAUCAACAUCUAUUGGGCAUUGGUAUUGGCGGCUGUCAUUUUCUCAUUCUUGCUAUGCUUUUUCUGCCUGACCUACACAGUUGUGUAUGAUAUUCAACCGUGUAUUAUUGUGUGUUUUGCGGUGAGUAUUUUUCGAGAUAAUCAUGAUUCUUUUUUUGAAAAUUGCUUAUUUUAACUGCUAUUACGUGGAAAAGGCAAACAUUGAGGGUUUCUUAAAAAUCUGGAAUUCAUGUCAUAACUUCUGCUCAGCAAAAUCAUCUAAAAAUGAUUCCAGAUGUGUCAAUCGUUUUGUUACUCAUUAAUCUGGAAAUUCCACACAGUUCAUCGCGAAAAAGCUCAAGAUCUACGAAAUGCACGAAGAUAUGCGUCGGAAUUCGAGGAAAAUCUGGAAUUUAUGAUUCCACUGACAAUAAUCUUUCUCGCUUUUUCGAUUUUCACAAUUGCUGUCUAUAUUUUAUGCAUCUAUUUUGAAAUGACCAAACCGCUCAGAGAUUCGCUGGCCAGCUCGCCACUAGAUCAGGACCAGGUGGCCGGAAAGUUCAAAACGAGCUGA